AUGAUCCCAAAUGAGCACAAGGCGAAGGUAGCAUCCAUAACGGUGAUAGUGGACGACUCGCCGGUCGUCAUGAUUUUCAGCGACAUCCACGCGGCUUUGAAGUUAAAGCGACGACUUCGAGAGGUCUUCCCAGAUACUGUUUUCACCAAAAAUAUUGAGAAUGAGAUGCUGGAGAAGCAAGCAAAGAAGGUUGCAGGGUUGAUAAUUCAAAGGCGACUUUUUAUUUCGCCUACAUUGAGCGAUGAAGACUUAAGGAUUGAAAUUCAGGGAAAAAUUAAUCCUGGUACAUUUAUGAAAAGGUCGGCCACUCCUGUUGCUGUCGGGGCCCCGUGGCCUAGCUCAUACGAGAGUGCACUAAGUGAGAAAAUAAAGGAAGCAGAAAAGCACGUGGAAAAGUUUGCCAGUGCAUCACAGCCCCAGGCCCCUGGGGUAGAUAUGCGUAGUAAGAUAGUGUACAGUGCACCCGCUGGGUCCGCAGCUUUUGCUAAGUCUGAGCAGCAGCAACCUCAACCACAGGUGUUUGGUCGCCGGUCCGACUCACACGUCAAUCAGUUCUUGACGCCUGCCAAUCUUGCUACUGCCGCAGGAGCCUCACAAGUGCAAGGAGACAUCCCUGUGCAUGCCGCCUCUAUCAUUCCCAUUCCUAUUCAUAACGGAGUGACCAAUCCUUUGACAAGCGCAAACAUAUUUGGCCCAAAUGCCGUGAAUCCAGGGCCCAACAUCAUAGCCCUGGGGAAUGUGCCUCUAGCCCAAGGCAGUACAAAUAAUAUGGCUGCCUCAACGUCUAUGGCUUCUGGUCAAGGCCCCCAGAUACGCGUCCUCACUAUACCCCAGCUGCAGGCGGGUGCUGUUACUAAUCAACAAGGAGGAUAUGCGACUGCCCUUUCAAACCGUAUUCUAGCUCAUCAGCCAAUACUGGGAGCGAACUACCAGGGACUGGCAGCCUAUGCAACAACUGGUUCUCAACCGGCCCCAUACGUUGCUGCUCUUCAGCAGAAUGCACAGCAAAUAGCCCAGCUGAUACCGGGGUCGGCUGUGCUGACUCAAUUAGCAGCUCCAGGUGCCAUGGUGGGCAAGGUAGCUUCUCAGGCACCAAAUGUCAUGCCACUAUCUGUACAACCAGCAGUGCACCCAGCAGUGGCGCCAGUAUCCAUUUCCAGCGCUACUAUGGUUGGACAGUCUAAGUCCCAACUGGAUUCUGCUGACUUGUCUAUCCCCAAUUCAGCUACGAUCACGGAUCACCAGGCUGACCAGACAAGGGCAAGUGACCCUCCACUUAGCUCGAUGAACACCUCUUACUAUUCUCAGCCUCCCAUGUCUGACAACAGUGAGAUCAUAUUUACUAUUGAUUCUGAUGAAUGCACUGAUUAUCCCAAUACACAGGAGGCGUGUUGUGUUAAUUCUCACAAUAUUCUGUCCAUGAAUGACAUUCCAAUGGCCGAGCAGAUUGGUAGUUCUAGCUCACCUUUGCUGGAGUUGAUCACUAAAUGGUCGCGCAUGAUACGGCAAUCACGACCAGCUAGUCCUAUGAGCGUAACUCAGCAGGAAGGAGAAUUUUAUCAAUACUACAAACACCUCAACACGGAUAACGCUCCUCACCCUUCAGUCAAACCUACGGCACCAAAAUUGUGGGCACCGGCUGACCAACUAUCAUUAUUUAUUUCCGUCUAUGAUCAAAUAUUUACUGGUACACCUGACAAUAUCAAACAAGCAUGGGAAGGCCAUAAGCGAGCCUUUCUGGACUCCUCCGUCACAACCACAAAAACCGCGGUUCAUGCUAUAGAAAAUAACACGAUAGAUGUUCAUGACUUAUCAUCCUCAUCAUCACCGUCCUCUCCGUCUCCAUCCCCAGUACACUCGUCAUUCUUGCCACAAUCGUCGUCAUCACUGUCCUCAUCGUCCAAGACUGUAGAAAAUGCAAUGGAAGCGCCUGCUACUCAGCCAAUUGAUGAUAUUCCCCAAGGAGCAGCAAAUCCCGUUGCCGGGUUGACUUCACAACUUAAAGAAGCAAGGGAGUCGGAGCCCUCCGCCUUUUCUAAGCAUAUAUUUGCCACCGUACCCACCAACCCCAAUAUGAGCGCCUUACAAGCUGGCCAAGAACUCUUAAAUAUCGGUUUUCCGGACAAACAGAAGUUCUUCUCAGAUCUUCUCACACAAUUUCCCAGCACAGUUAGCGUUUCUGAGCUUGCACAGAUAAAUCCUAACCUGUCUUCACUUUUAUCUAACAGCGUUGCGACUCUGGGAGUAGAUCAACGGCAGAAACAAGACCUUGGAGUCCAAGAGGCGACGGCACAGAUGCUAACCCAUCUGAAUUUUGUCAAUGGAAAGAGUAGUGAUAUUGACAAUCUUUUAAGAAAUUGCCAGCCGCCUCUCACCUAUCUCAGAGCUCCAAAUGAACUGCCUCUCAAGACACUAUUCACUGCACCCACGAGUAACUGGGGCAGCUCAAUGCCCACAAUAGACUGUCUCUUCCCUCCAAAUAAGAACAUACAGGUGGAUGUGAUACUCCUCUUGUACUUACUUUCGUUUGGAGGAGCCGUGGACGAAGUUAAAAGCGAUAACGACGAUCUUAAUUUUCUUCCUUCCGAAGCGUCUUCGCAGAUACUGAAGGAGUACACGCGUAAGAGAUGCGUAGAGCUGCAGCACAAGCUACUUACUCUGUAUCACCAGGAGGACUUUUUAGAAUUAAAAGCAGGUACACCCAGCCUCUAUUCGCGCGGAAACAUCCGUACCACAGUAACCAACUAUGUCACAUGUGCUCAGAAUACCAACUUGAACCUCCAUCUCUCUCUUCAGACCGACAACAAUCCUGGAAAAGCUGUGUUAAGCUUGCCAUGUGUGCUUCUGGACAGCGAGCACCUAGCACUUAUUCUCCCACGCACGAAGGAGGCAUCAAUAGGUAAAGACAAGGAAAUAGAUAGAUUGCUUGAAAGUAUUACAUUCAUGAAUGGAAAACUGACAAGGAGAGAGUUCUAUAGCAGGGGAAGAGCCUCUCAGAUGAUACCGUCUAUAUCUUCUAUUACGUUAGGGUCCGGCACGGACUCAGAUUUAAAAAAGCAUGUUCGCCUCUAA